GUGUCAUGACCGUGUCAUGUGUCACUAGUACCUAUCAAAAUAAGAGCACCGCAUUUAUAAAUGUGCAUAUUUUGAUUGCAUCUAGACUCUUUAUUGUUAUCCUGCAAUGAGUAACGUACCUGAAGAAUUAGAAAGAUCGGAAGACGAACCUGAAUAUAAAAACCAACCGGUAGAACCCAUUCAUGUAUUUCGGGGCGAAAAGCGCUCGGCUCGAAUUGCAUUACCACAAACAGCAUAUAAGAGAAAAUGUACGGAUGUUGUAGUGGGCAUUGUUUUCGGAAUAGCUUUUGUAAGUCUGAUUGGUUCUGCUGUAUUUAUAGCUAUUAGUUCCGACUUCAGAAUACUAAUGAACGGUGUAGAUGCAUGUGGUAAUGUUUGUGGAGUGAAAAACACUAAACAAUACAAUAAAACUUGUCCAGGAAAGGACUACACCAAGUACCCAGUUCUAGAUGCGAAAGAACAAGAAUGCAUUACAGCCGAUGAGUGCAGAGCUAGAAACAUGACACUAUUUGGCGGACGGUGUAUGCCUAAUCAAAGAAGAUCUUCAACGAAAAAAAAGACAUUUUUUUCCGAUCGUGACUAUUAUAAAUCAAUUGAUAACAUUAUUCCCUAUUCCGUAAUAGUGCUUAUUUUAAUGCCAACGGUGGCUUCAGGAUUGUCCUUAGUGGUAUAUUCCUUGAUUCGGUACCAUCCAAAAGGUACCUUCUAUUUUUUUACGAUUCUUGCAACAAUUAUACUUUUCUUUGCAGCGUGUUAUUUUUGGUAUUUAGUAUACGUUAAUCAUCGUGAUAAGGUUGAAAUGCGUUUGAAACUUGUAAUAAUUGGCAACGCUGUCGCUUGCACCAUUGGUGGUCUGGUGUUAUUUCUUAUUCUUGCAUGUAGAUCCAGCAGAGUUCCUCUUUUAAUUGAAAUUUAUUACGAAACAUUUGAUGCAAUUUGUAGUUCAAAACUUAUCUUCCUUGCACCCGUUGCGACAAUGGCGUUAAUAUGUCUCCUUGGUAUAAGUUGGUUGUUCAUGAUGUUUGUGACUUCUGCUGUUAAAAUUCCACAAGAUGAAGGUUUUCCUGCUGACAGAAUAGUGUACCUAUGCUUCUUGGUGUUUAUGGGAUAUUGGAUAUUUACGUUUGUAGAAGGAUGUCAAUGUAUAAUGAUCGCUGGAACAAUGGCAAGUUAUUAUUUUUCGAGUGACAGAGAUGAAUUCGAGGGCGAAUAUUGUAAAAACGUGGGAAUAGUGAUUCGUUUUCAUCUGGGAACUGUUGCAACUGGAUCAUUACUUAUUACCACAGCUGCAAUGAUCAGACUAGUGGUUGAUAUUCUCAGUGAUUGGCAAGAAGCGGCAAAUGUGUGGGAAGUGAUAAGAUAUUUAAUAUUCUGUAUACUUGACUGUGUCGGAGAAGUCGUAUAUUAUAUUAGUCAAAAAGCGUAUAUAAUGACAGCCAUUCAUGGUAAAAAUUUCUGGGUAUCUGGCAAGCGGGCUGCGAAAUUAAUAUGGUACAACUUUUUGGACACCAUAACAGUUGAUGGUUUAAAUUCUGCUGUUCGGUUUUCCGCUUCUGUUUUAAUUUUGGUGGUCGUAUUGAUUCUUGGAUAUGCCGUUCUAUCAACACAACCAUUGGGUUUUAUAAUCGAGAAUCUUUUCAUUGGUGGCAUACUUGCAAGCGCUGCAUUGUACUUAUUCUUUUCAUUGUUGGGCACUGCAGUUGGUACAAUUUUCUUAUGCUAUUGCGAAGAUGCCAUUAUGAAUGAUGGAAGCGACGAGCGACCUUAUUUCAUGAGUGAAGAUCUAGAAUACACACUGUAUGAUGCCUUGGAAGAAGUGGCUGAAAAAAGAGAAGAAAGAGAAGAAAGGAAAGAAAUGGAUGAUGAAGACGAUGACUAGAAACUAUGUUAAAAAUAAAUCAAU